GUACUGUCUGUCUGACUUCCACAAUUUUCUUCAAACCUUCAGGUUUAUUCAAAACAACAGAAAUGAUUGUCUUCAUCUUGCUAAGUCUUGCUGCAGUGCUGCAACAAUCUUUUGGAAAGGUUGAUUUUAAUUCUGAGUCAACCAGGAGACGAGAAAAACAAAGGGAGAUUGUUGACAUGCACAAUUCUUUCAGGAGAUCCGUGAGUCCAACUGCCAGCAACAUGCUAAAAAUGGACUGGUAUGAUGAAGCUGCAACAAGUGCAGAAUAUUGGGCAUCUGUAUGUGCUUAUGAGCACAGUCCAGACUCUUCAAGAACUCUUAAUGGAAUACUGUGUGGUGAAAAUAUAUACAUGUCAAGUAAUCCCAGGGCAUGGAGUGAAGUAAUUCAGUCUUGGUAUGAUGAAUACAAAGAUUUCAUCUAUGGUGUUGGAGCAAACCCACCAGGUUCUGUUAUUGGCCAUUAUACUCAGAUAGUUUGGUACAACAGUUACCUAUUGGGUUGUGCAGCUUCCUAUUGUCCUUCAUCUCCAUACAACUACUUCUAUGUUUGUCAGUACUGCCCAAUAGGGAACCUCAGGGGUUCAACUGCUACUCCAUAUAAAUCAGGGCCAACUUGUGGGGACUGUCCUUCGGCUUGUGACAAUGGACUAUGCACAAAUCCUUGCACAUAUAAAAAUGAGUACACGAACUGCAAAAGUUUAGCGGAACAAAGUAGCUGCCAGGAUGAUUGGAUCCAGACAAAGUGCCCUGCUACUUGCUUCUGCCCCGAUAAAAUAAUAUAGUGGGCCUCCCAUUCAAUAUUUGUUAUUUUUGCCAGAAAAAUCUUAAAAUCAUGGCAUCUUUUAGUAUCAGCAAAUUCUUACGUGACAUUUGAUUUCAUAUACUUUGCAUGAGUGUCCUAUGAAUGCCUAAGGGAAACAUAAGCAAGAGUAGAGGCUAGGGAUGAAAACUGUAAAUUCAAAGGUCCAUAGGAAAAAUCACAGACCUAGGUGAUAUCAAAAAAGGGCCACACUAUAAGAAUAGAAUAGAAUAGAAUUUUUAUUGGCCAAGUGUGAUUGGACACACAAGGAAUUUGUCUUGGUGCAUAUGCUCUCAGUAUACAUAAAAGAUACGUUCAUCAACACAAUUGAUGGCCAUUUACAACACAAUUGAUGGUCAAUAUAUCAAUAUAAAUCAUAAGGAUUGCCAGCAACAAAGUUACAGUCAUACAGUCAUAAGUGGAAAGAGAUUGGUGAUGGGAACUAUGAGAAGAUUAAUAGUAGUGCAGAUUUAGUAAAUAGUUUGACAGUGUUGAGGGAAUUAUUUGUUUAGCAGAGUGAUGGCCUUCGGGAAAAAACUGUUCUUGUGUCUAGUUGUUCUGUUGUGCAGUGCUCUAUAGCGUCGUUUUGAGGGUAGGAGUUGAAACAGUUUAUGCCCAGGAUGUGAGGGAUCUGUAAAUAUUUUCACGGCCCUCUUCUUGAUUCGUGCAGUAUACAGGUCCUCAAUGGAAGGCAGGUUGGUAGCAAUUAUUAUAAUUAUAUAAUAAUUAUAAUAUAUCUAAUUAUUAUAUAAUUAUAAGCUUGAUUAAAAGAAAAUACUGAAACUAAGAUCACUAAAAUUCUUUGCACUCCAACUAUACUACAGAUAGAUACUAUGGAUAGUAAUUAUUUGCACUCGAAAGAGAAUUUCUUAAAUUCUUUUACUAAAUCUAAUCUAGAACUGACUUGAUGCCAUUCAUGCAAACUAUAUGUCAGGUUUUGAUGUUUUUAAUGCUUUAAUCAGUUGUGGUUUGUAGUUUAAUAUGAUUUUAUUUGAUUUUUAAUUUUUGAUUAGAGCCGCCCAGAGUUGAUUUAAAGAUGGGCAGCUUUAUAAAUGUUAUAAAUAAAUAAAUAAAUAAAUAAAAUUCUGUGGAAGAGCAAAA